AUGGAGCUUUUCUCUGGUCAAGCUUUAGAUUUGAACUUCUCUCGAGAAUUAUUGGAUUCUGCUCAAGAAUUAAUGGACUCAUCUCAAGAAUUAUUGGAAUCAUCUCAAGAGUUAGUAGAAACAUUUCCUGAUGAAGAGCGUGAUGAAACGCAUGAUGAAACGCAUGAUGAAGUGCAUGAUGAAGCACAUGGUGAAGCGUAUGAUGAAGCACAUGAUGAAACGUUUGAUGAAGUGCAUGAAGUCCAUAAAGGACAAGAUUUGGUUGGGAUUAAUGGUCCGUUACCUCACAUUAAUAAACCAAUUGUAUUCGCUAUUGAUGAUACUUUUCCUAACUGGCCAAUUGCAGAACAUUAUGUUACUCAAUAUGGCCACCAAAAAGGAUUUGUUGCAAUUAAGAUACGUAGUAAAACUGAUCAUAAUGGGCAUUUAACAAACCUGUAUUAUAAAUAUGAAUUUGGUGGAACAUAUCAAUCAAAAAAGACUAAUAACUUACAAAAUCAACAUAAUAAAGGCUCUAAAAAAAUUAAUUGUGAUUGGAAAGUUAACUUGUCAUCUGCAACUAGUAUGAUUCGUAUCACUAGUUUUAAUGAUCACCAUGUUGAGCAUCAACUUUCACCGGAUACAAAUAUUUUUGCCCCAGUAAAUUGCCGGUUUUCUGAUGAUUGUCAUAAAGAAAUUCGGCACUUGGUAGUAAAUGGUCGGUGCGACUUGUCGACAAUAAGGUCUCUUAUAUCUGCUAAAUUCCCUGACCAGCUUUUUUUAACACGUGAUCUUGCCAAUGUUGUGGCACAAUUACGACGAGAACAUAAGGUGGAAGGAAAUGAUGCGUCUAGGCUUUUAUCACAACUCUAUGAAUAUAGAGAAAAGGACUCUAAUUGGUAUAUUGAACCCUUAAUCGAUUCUAUUAGUAAUCGUCUUCGUGGAAUUUUUUGGAUGGACCCGGGUCAGCGUGAAAGAUGGAUACGAUUUAGUGACAUAAUAGUUCAAGACAAUACGGCACAAACAAAUCAUUAUAAUUUUCCUUUGUGCCUCUUUGUUUUAAUUGAUAAUCAUAACAAAACUCGAAUUGCAGCACAGGCUUUAAUGCCUGAUGAAACGAUUGA